CUGUACAGACUCUCAUUGGCCUGGGUGGACGCAAACAACCUGUGUGUCCUAUGAGAGAGACGUGAAUGGGGAGAUCCACGAGGCGCAUGUGGCUCUCCAGCACUGAUGCCCAUGUGUGUCCAGCUCGCAUCAUCAGCACAGCGGCCGAGUGAACUAUAUAACCACCCACUCCCACUCAGUGUUUACUGACAGAUCAGAGUCACCAACAAACGACCAAAACAUCUAAUAAUAAUCAAAUAGUUAAUAACACCAGCCGUACUGGUGAGCUUACUGCGCAACUGAUUCAUUCAGUUACAUUAAAUAGGCCUUUAAUACAACGUUUAGUGUGGCAUUAUUGGAAUUAAUAUUCGCACAGUCAAUAAAACAACAACAUGGGUGUACUAACAAAGAAACCCAAGACCUUCGAGGUUCAGUUUAGUGACCCGAACAAGAGCGCGUUCAGCGGCGGAGAUAAAGUGGCUGGGCAGGUGAUCGUGGAAGUGGCGGAGGUGGUGCAGAUCUCCGCCGUUAAACUGCUCGGAAUCGGAUGCGCCAAAGUCGAUUAUAAUAAAGGAAAGAUGCACUGCAGGGAUGAGAUUGAGUACCUGAAAUAUGAAGAAGUUCUUCACCUCGAUCAUCAGCCAACAGAUGCAGAUGGCUCCAUCACUCUCAGGCCUGAAAACAGAUACGAGUUCAUGUUCGGGUUUGAACUUCCACAGUCAGGGUGCCUUGUUUCCUCCUAUGUGGGGAAGUUUGGCUCAGUCCGAUACUACGUGAAGGCCGUCAUAGAGAAAUCAGGCCAUCAGUAUGCGGAAUGCAAGCGAUAUUUCGAGGUGGACGAACCCAUUGACGUCAACACCCAAGAGCUCAUGGCCCCAGUUACAGGAGCAAAACAGAAGAAAGUCACCUGCAUGUUUAUUCCCGACGGCAGCGUUUCAGUGGCCGCUCGCAUAGGCCGGAAGGGUUACUGUGAAGGAGAAGACAUAUGCAUUGAUGCUCAGUUCGAGAACUCCUGCUCUCGGAUCGUUGUUCCUAAAGCCGCCAUCAUUGCCAAGCACAUUUACCGGGCAAACGGCCGCACCAAAGAGUUUCACGAGAAGCUCACUUCUGUCAGGGGAGACCACAUCAUCUCUGGCAUGUGUGACAUGUGGCAGGGGAGAGUGCUUCGUGUGCCAAAGCUGAAGCCAACUAUCCUGGGCUGUGACAUUAUCCACGUUGACUAUUGUCUGAGGAUCUACUUGCAUAUCCCAGGAAGUGAGAAGCUCAUCUUAGAUGUUCCUCUGGUCAUCGGUACGAUCCCCUACAAUGGCAUGAACAGUCGCACCAGCAGCAUGAGCAGCCAGGACGGCAGUGGCACCUCCAGCACCUGCGUGUCACUUCCGUCUUCUCCACCUAGCUACAGCGAGAUCUCCCGAGACGACCACAUUGAGAGUUCCUUCAUUCCUCUCCUAGAUGAUUAUGACGAGGAUGACAGUCCUAUAUUCAUGCGCAUUCAUGCGCUCCCCCCUCCCCCAGCAUACACUGAGCAAAACUAAGACUGCAUCGGAAGUGGAGUUCUCCUUCAAAAGAGACUCCAACGGAAGAUCAAAUGCAGGGAGAUUCAGAUUUCAGAUCUCAGAAUGACAUUGCUAAUGGACCAUGCAUGCUUGACUUCAGAGUUGGGGACUAUGAAAUGCUAUGUCACGCCAAGAACUGGUUGAUUGCAAGUCGGUGAAGUCGUCUGAAGCUGGACUGUUUUGCUGAUGUAAGAACCCACCUCUUGAAAAUGACCACUGACGUCUUCAUGUUUAAUUCUGAAGAAUCCUCAGAAUCUGAGAGAGUUUUUACAUUUAUGAUUUUGCCAUAUUGGCAUAAUAUUUUGUCUGCACAUAUUUCAAAUUGGAAAGUGUUUGUGGUAGAUAAGCCUUCGGAUUAUAGAGACAAUAUUUUUGUAAUGCACAAAAAUGUUAUGCAGUUUUGUGAGUGGAAACAAUUAUAUAUCAUUAUGAGUUGUUUGCUGAGCUGUUGGUGUGCUGUGUCUAGUAUUACAGUCUUUCCUAGCAGCAUGUGUAUUUCUAAUUUAAUAUAGAAAUUAGAAUAUGCACAUAUAGUAUAUAGUCCGUUUUUAAUAGUAUAUAAUUGAGUAUUACUGUCAAGUUAAUCCACUUUGAAAUUUGAAACAGAUUGU